UUCCGGUGGCGCGGCGCCUGCGCGCCGGCGGGCAGCGAUGGCGGCGCGCGGGAAGGCGGAGGCAGGGCGCUCGCGGCAGCUGUUCCUGUGGGACGACGGGAGGCCGAUGCGCUUCUACGUGCGGCCCGGGCUGACCAAGCUGCGCCUGGCGCCCCUGCUGCUGGCGGGCGGCGGGCGGCUGUGCCGCAUCCAGGAGCCGGACGCCGUGCUCCUGGCGCAGGCCGGCGAGCAGGCGCCCGGCGGGGCCGUCUCCGCCGAGUACGUGACGGAGUGCAUAAAGCGCAACCAGCGCCUGCCGCUGGAGCCCUUCCGGCUGCCCGCCGCGCCGCCCCCGCCGCCCGCCGCCUCGCCGCGCGGCCGCCUCGCCUUCACGGAGGCGGAGGACGCGGCGCUGCUGCAGGCCGUGCGCGGGCGGGGCGGGAGGCGGGUGGGCGGCAGGGCGCUGUGGAAGGAGCUGGAGCGGGCCGGCCUGACGCGGCACUCCUGGCAGGCCAUGCGCGACCGCUACCUGCGGCACUUGAGGCCGCUGCGCGGGGGUGAGCAGGGGGCGGCCGAUGGGGCCCGGGGGGAGCGGCGGCGGCGGCGGCCCGGGCCCGGCAGCCAUCGCCCGUCUCUUCCCGCAGAGCCCAAGCAGGCGGAGGAGGAGCGCGCACGAGGCAUGGGCAUUUUCGAGGCAGCGAAUCGGGAGUUUGAAAGCGACGAGUCGGAAAGUGACACCUCAGAUGCUUUAGAAGAACUUCCUACACAAGUUGGAGGGGGAAAGCCUCCAGGUGAAACAGCAUCUGGUUUGGAGACUGGGAUGGAGGACUGUGCUUUCCCUGGCACUCAGUUACAAAGGGAAGACAGACCAAGAAGCACUUGCUCUUCUUCCAGUGUGGUGGGAGAAGUAGUGAAAACUAUGCGGCACUUCAUGGAAAGGUUUAACGUGGACCUGUUCACUGUUACACAGGCCUUUCUGAAAAACACUGGUGAAGUGGAGACUACAUCAUACUUUCUGCAGACAGGGCAGCGUUUGGAUGGAUACCCUGUGUGGAGCAGAGAGGACGAUUUAGAAUUGCAAAAGGAUGACGAGCAUGUUAGAAGUAAAUUGAUAGCAAAAUUUGGAGCUGAAAAUGUAGCAAAGCGAGUAGCAUUUAGGAAAAGUUAGUAAAGUAGAUGGAAAUGACUGUUCUGUUACAGUGGUAAGAACUUAAUAAAAGCAAGGUCAUUUCAGAAAUGCAGAUGUGAUGGAGAAUGUUAUAUUGUUCUAAAGUUUCAGAAAUGCUUUAAAAUAACUUUUAUAAAUGGCUGAUUUUGUGUUUGUUUUUUUUUUUAAAUGCAGAGCAUACUGAACAUUUAAAAGUAGAAAACGAUGAAGAGAGAAAUCCUAUCCAGUAUUAAGUUUUCUUAGUGAAAGUUUGCUUUAGACUGUAUAUUUACUAUAUAAGCCAUCUGACAGUUUGGCCUGUAUUUUACUGUAUGUAGUGGAUUUUGAAUGAGGUUGGCUCCAAAGUGAGACAGACUCUCAUUAAAUACUGAAACUGCUGUCUUAUUAGUACAUGAUAUCAACCUCCUUUCUGUUAUGUGUAUCACUUCAGAAUGCUGUGGAUGAUCAUCUAGGAACGUACUCUGCCAGCUGUUGUCACUACCUUAUGUUUUUGUUAAUGGACCUUGAUUAGUAGCUGACAUGCAGAAAUGAUACCAGUGAAAAUGUAACUGUCCAAAACGAGGGUUAAGAGCAUGUUAGAAAAUGUGUUUGAGGUGCUCAGUCUUAUAAAUAAAUGUUGAGAUCUGGAAAUGACCAAAACGUUCACCAGGACAUUAUAAUACUGUCUCAUGGUUACAGAGACCUCAGUUAAAAUCUCAAGCAAGUGUGCAGUCAUCUCAAUUUUUGUUAACAACUUUCAACAGGUAUUUUCCAUUGCUAAUAUUACAGGAUUUGUUUAAUAAUAUUAAAUUUACCAUCUGUCCUUGUGAUUUCAAAAAACUGUUAGUUCUCCCCCAGUUACAGGGUUGAAGAGUCCCAAGUCUUCAGUCUAGGCAAAGUAGCACUUCUGCUUAGACUGACCAUGCAGUCUAGCUUGAAAAAGUAGACCAGCUUUCAGGGUCAUAUGCUGUAGUUCUGUCUAGCUGUAUUAAUCUCAGACUUGAAGUUAAAAAUCUUUUAGUUGUGUAAUGUCUGAGCAAGAUAGAAAAUAAUGUCUGAUAUAUGGUCAUAAUCUGAAAAAAAUCAGUACAUACAGCUUGAAAUUGUGUUCUGGUCUCCAUUAUUAUUUGAACAAUCAGCUGGGCACUAGUCAUUUAUAACUCCUCUUAAUCUGGAAUUAGGUCAUCCUUUUAGUGAAGUAAAAUGGGGUUAUAAAAGCAAAGGUUGAUUUUUUUUUUUAAAUAAUACUUAUUUUUUUAAGAGUCAUUCAGGGUUGUUGCUGCACCGUGGUACUCCGUUGAAUUAGGAAAUUGCUAGUUAUAAAGCAAAUUGAAAUUAUUGAAAGUCAAUGAUAACUUCGUAUAAUGAGACUUCUAUUUCAGAAAACCAAUGUACUGAAGCAUCCACUGACUUGUAAUAUUGACAACUGUUAUCCAAAUAAAUGCCAAAACUUUUA